AUGGCUUCCAACGGUGAUUUCUCUGACGAGGGAUCCCAACCCGGCUCACCUAUGCUCGAUGCCCACAAUGCCCGCGGAGAGGUCGAGGACCAGGAGCCCCUUGAGCAAGAAGAGAAGCCUCUCAAGUCUGCCAUGAAGAAGACUGAAGCUGCUCCUCAACCGAAGCGCCCAGAACUCCCCGAGCAGCCUAACCCGGAAACACUCGACCUGUCAAAAUUGUCGCCUCUUUCGCCUGAGAUCAUUGCCCGGCAAGCUACUCAGAACAUCGGCACGAUCGGCCAUGUCGCUCACGGCAAAUCCACCGUUGUCAAGGCCAUCUCUGAGGUUCAAACCGUCCGCUUCAAGAACGAGCUUGAGCGCAACAUUACCAUUAAGCUUGGUUACGCCAACGCGAAGAUCUACAAGUGUGACAGCCCCGAAUGCCCUCGGCCCACAUGUUACAAGAGUUUCAAGAGCGAGAAGGAAAUCGACCCUCCAUGUGAGCGUGAAGGAUGCCUAGGUCGUUACCGGUUGCUGCGCCAUCUCAGUUUCGUUGACUGUCCUGGUCACGAUAUUCUGAUGAGCACUAUGCUUUCAGGAGCCGCGGUCAUGGAUGCCGCUCUCCUCCUGAUCGCCGGAAACGAGACUUGCCCUCAACCCCAGACCUCAGAGCACUUGGCCGCUAUUGAGAUCAUGAAGCUCAACCACAUUGUCAUUCUCCAAAAUAAGGGUAAAAUCAUAGUUCUUGCAAACUGCCGAAACGAAGCGCUGACAUUUGAAAAUAAAACAGUCGACCUCAUGCGAAGCGAUAAUGCCCUCGAGCAUUACCAGUCUAUCCUCAAGUUCAUCCGUGGUACCGUUGCUGAUGGCUCCCCGGUCAUCCCCAUCUCUGCACAGCUGAAGUACAACAUCGAUGCUGUCAACGAGGCACUUGUUCAGACGAUCCCUAUCCCUCUUCGCAACUUCGAGGCUACGCCUCACAUGAUGAUCAUUCGUUCCUUCGAUGUCAACAAGCCUGGUGCCGAGAUCGAUGAGCUCAAGGGUGGUGUUGCUGGUGGUUCCAUCCUUACCGGUGUUGUAAAGCUGAAUGAUGAGAUCGAGAUCCGCCCCGGUCUCGUCACCAAGGACGAGCAGGGCAAGAUCCAGUGCCGUCCCAUUUUCUCUCGCAUUGUGUCUCUCUUCGCUGAGCACAAUGACCUCAAGUUUGCUGUUCCUGGUGGCUUGAUCGGUGUUGGUACCCGCGUCGACCCCACGCUUUGCCGUGCUGAUCGUCUUGUCGGUUUCGUUCUCGGUCACCGUGGCCGUCUUCCUGCUAUCUACACCGAGAUUGAGGUCAACUACUUCUUGCUCCGCCGCCUUCUGGGUGUCAAGACCGCCGACGGCAAGCAGGCCAAGGUUGCCAAGCUUGCUAAGAACGAAGUCCUGAUGGUUAACAUCGGUUCCACGGCUACUGGUGCUAAGGUCCUCGGUGUCAAGGCCGAUGCCGCUAAGCUCAGCUUGACCAGCCCCGCCUGCACGGAAGUUGGCGAGAAGAUUGCCAUCAGUCGCAGAAUCGAGAAACACUGGCGUCUGAUUGGAUGGGCCAACAUUGUUGCUGGUAACACCCUCGAGCCUGUGCAGCAGUAA